GUGAUUUUUUUUAGUUUAGCAAAAUAUUUGAUAAAUUUGAUAUCUUAAAAAUCUUGAUUUUGUGUCUAAUUUUGUUGAUCUUGAUUUAUGUGAGUGUUCAUCAGAUAAUUUUAUCGUUAUUUUAAACAAAGUGAAAUUCUAUUUGUAUAACUAGGUUUAGCAACCUAGUCACACGCCUCCUUGUGUGACUUCUAUUAUGGCAGCUAUAUUCUUCACUUUUGGUUUUGUAGUAAGUUAUAGUUUUAUGGUUUUGUUUAGUUUAGCAAAAUUUUUUAUGAAUUUGAUCUCUUUAAACCCUUGAUUUUGUGUCAAAUUUUGUUGAUCAUGAUUUACGAGAGUGUUCAUCAGACAAUUUUAUCGUUAUUAUAUAUAAAGUGAAAUUCUAUCUGUAUAACUAGAAUUUAGCAAUCUCGCUACAUACCCCCUUGGGUGACUUCUUUUGUGCGAGCUAUUCUUCGCUUUUAGUUCUGUAGUAAGUUAUGGUUUUAUUGUUUUGUUCAUUUUAGUAAAAGUUUUUAUGAAUUUGAUCAAUUCAAACCCUUGAUAUUGUGUCUAAUUUUGUUGAGCUUGAUUUAUGUGAGUGUUCAUUAGAUAAUUUUAUCAUUAUUAUAUAUAAAGUGAAAUUCUAAAUGUAUAACUAUAUUCUAGCAACUUGGCAACAUGCCCUUUUGGGUGACUUUGCACUGCUUGAGUAAAGCUGUAUAGGGGGCCGAAUGCCACUAUCCUAUAUACACCACAUCCUCCAUCGAUAUGAUCUUUGAAAUUAUUGCUUUUUUCCUUUGAUUCUAUUGUGUUCACUUUAAUUCGUUGUCCAGUAUCUUUCUUCUAAAUGCAAAGUAUUAUAACUUGAUCUCAUUUUGUAUCUUUCCUCUAAAUGCAUAGUAUUGUAUCUUGUUCCCAUUUUGGGAUAUGUAGGAGAAGUAGUUCAAGUUGGUAGUGAGUUUUAGUAAAAGGGCCAUUUAGAGCGUUGGGUGAAAUCAAUUUUUGAGACUAUCAUGGCACCUAAUCCUAGAGUUACCAAUGCCUAUAAUGCUAUGAGGACCUUAGGCAUUUCUGAUGAUGAGGUGAGGCCUGUCUUGAAAAGGUUGCUCAAAGUGUAUGGUAAUAGCUGGGAGCUUAUUGAAGAAGACAAUUAUCAAACACUUGUACAUGCAUACUUUGAGUCAAUGGAAUAUCAGCAAGGGGAAGGUAAGGGAAAAGCUCCAAUCAGUAAUCAUGAUGGAGAAAGAGCAAGACUGAAACUACAGAUGAUAUCUGUAGAGGACAAUGAAAUACUUUCAAAGACAUCCAAAAAGGAAAUCAUUAGGCCAUCUCAGGCAUCUAAAGAAGAUAUAAAACUGACAAAUAGUUCUCAACCAUUGCAGACAAGGUUGAGUGAGGUAGAAAUUAUCUCAAGUUUAUCUUGCAUGGAUGCUAGAGAUAGUAGAAAAUUGUGCCAUGAGAAUGCAGCAUCUGCAGGGCACUGUGGAGAUUAUUUUGAUGGAUCUAGCCGUUCCCACAUCCAGAAGAUACAUAUGUCAAGUGAUCGUUAUGAGAAAGAACUUAUAAUACUAAAAGCUAAGAAACCGAAAUUACAUCUUGGACCUGUUUCAUCACAUCUUAAAGGUAAUUUUCAUGCCAGAGUAUAUAAUUGA